CCAAUCCCGUCUUUAGCAAAAGAAAAGAAAUCCCCAGAAAAGUACUGCCUUCACUGUUUGCCAAACUCAGACGAUUGGCGCAGGAAGAGUUCAGAGAGAAUGGAGACGCCGGGACAAUGGUUAGAGAAGGCGCUGGUGGAUCUAUGUCAAAGGAUAGAGACGGGUCUGGGUCUGGGAAUGGAUAAGGAUAUGAUAUCGGGCUUGGUCUCCUACUGCGAGCUCGCUCAUCCCCAAGAUGCCAAAGAGUACCUUGACAAUAUUAUAGGCCAGGAAGCUGGCAGAAGUGUGAUUGAAGAAUAUUUACGGCUGAGAGGUCACUCAGAUGUCAGCAGCAGUUCUCUGGAUGUUCCAACUACAAAAUUACAAGCCUAUGUCAAACCCCGCUCAGAUGAAGUCUCUAUUGGUGGAAACAAGAAACCAUCCAGAACAUCAAAAGGGCUUUCAGUCCCUAGUUCUCUGUCAGAACCGAAAAAGCAUAUAGCGUCCAGUUCUCAGGAAAGCCAGAAAGGGAACCAAGUUAAUUCUAGAAAGAAGAAAGCUGGGAAGGUUGUUUCACUUGCAGAGGCUGCCAAAGGGUCAAUUGUGUUUCAGCAGGGAAAACCAUGCUCGUGCCAAGCCCGUCGCCACAGACUGGUAAGCAAUUGUUUGUCUUGUGGAAAGAUAGUUUGUGAACAAGAGGGAGAAGGGCCUUGCAGUUUUUGCGGUUCCCUUGUGCUGAUGGAAGGGAGCACAUAUGCUGGUCUAGAUGAAAGUUUGCCUCCCCAAUCAGAUGCUGAAGCAGCAGCUGAAGCUUAUGCAAAGAGACUCGUUGAAUAUGACCGGAACUCUGCAGCACGUACAACAGUUAUUGAUGAUCAGAGUGACUAUUAUGAAAUAGAGGGGAACAGCUGGUUGUCUAAGGAGGAAAAGGAACUUCUAAGGAAGAAACGAGAGGAGAUUGAAGAAGCUGAACAGGCCAAACGAAAUAAAGUGGUUGUGACAUUUGACUUGCUUGGCCGCAAGGUUCUUUUAAACGAAGAUGAAGUUUCAGAAAUAGAAUCAGAGAACAGAAUUUUACGGCCACGUGAUGAAAGAGAAGUGAACCGGAUUAAACCAAACCCAAGUCUUAGAGUUCAACCAGUCUUCUUGGACCCAGGCUCCACUAAGAAGCCUGAUAAAGGUAGACAACCGAACAAGGGCCUAACCAAAGGCUUGUGCUUGGAGAUAACAGGGAGGGUGCAGCAUGAUAGCAAUGAAUUGAGAUAUUUCCUGAAGGACAGGCAAGUGGCAACAGCCUAAAAUGAGGAAGUUUGGCAAGGACCAUGAGUAAAUGGGGGUCUACAUGUGUAAGAUUACAUUAAGGUACGAUUGCUUGAGGUUGUUUGCUCCCUUUUUUCCUUGUUUCAAUAUAUUGGCAAGAACAUUUUAUGUGAAUGGUAUACUGAGCAUGCCAAUUUGAUAGCCAUGUUAGGCUGUUUCUUUUUCUGGAAAUAGAUUAAUGAAAGCGCACAAGUUUCAGAA